AUGCCGCCUCUGCCUGACAGUCAGACACAGCGUCUUUCGACCCCUCCGUCUUUACCUCAGAGAAAAUCUGUCGCUUGUCGACCCUGUCACGCCCGCAAAAUUAAAUGUUCGGGAACCAAACCAUGCAACAACUGUAACCGCGCAUCGGAAUGCGUCUACCCAACAAGAGAUCGUCAAGUCAAAGUACAACAAAGUUUCAUCGAUCGUCUCCUUCAAGAGAAUGCAGAGCUACGGGCUAGACAGACCCAAUCCGAGUCGCCGCAGGCUAGGAACGUAAACACACCCUGGCACCAUAGUCCGACGCCCAACAACGAUGGCAAUACUACCCAGGAUCAGAUAUUAGAGGAAAGUGAUUGGUUCACACACACCAGGUCAUCCGACACGCCCAUCUGGAUAGGCGAGAUCUCGGACGCUGCAUUUGCGACUCGCUUCCGCCAGUUUGCUUCGGCUUCUCAAAUACCAAACCACAUUCCUCGCACCCAGUUCACUUCCGAAGAUACUCUUCGUGAUCUGGCAGCCACAACUCCAAUUUGGUUGCCAUCUGCGCACUCCAGGUUUCUAGUCGAGACAAGCCUCGAGUUCUUACGGCACAAUUAUCAUAUAGUUCGACGGAGUGAGGUGCUUUCGGCCUUGGACUCGAUCCCGUUUGGUCAACAUAGCCUUGGUCCGCCUUCCAGCGUUGUAGCCAAGAUCUGGGCUUUAUUUGCAAUCGGGGAACUUCGCUCGAGAAAAUGUCUCAGUUCAAGCAAUGGGCUCCCUGGCAUGACACACUUUGCUAUUGCCAGCGAGACAAUUCGUCUGAUUAACGAGCGACCACAGCUUGAUAUGAUCGAGACGAUUUUACUUCUACUAGAACUGGCUUUGUACUCACUCGAGGCAAACCGCCGUCAUUCAGCAUGCACUUAUGUGGGUGCAGCCUUACGUCUUGCUACCAUUAUGGGCUUGCACAUGAAUAUCGGCGAUACCUACAUACCUGAUCCUGAACUCAGGGAACACCGCAUACGCGUUUGGUGGUCUGUUUAUAUCCUCGAUAGGCUUCUGUCCUCCAAGACUGGACUUCCACUAUCGAUAUCGGAUGAUGACAUCUCAGUAAAUCUACCUUCGGACGUGUCCACUCUCAACUCGAAGGACUUUGGAGACCACUCUCGCUUUGUGGCCGUUUUGCGCCUCGCUAGAAUUGCUGGAGACAUCUCUAGGUCUCUUUAUGUUCGGACUCCCCAACGGUGUACAUUCCUCCAAAGGGUGGCAAAGAUUCGAGAAGAUCUUGAGUUGUGGCGAGGAGAACUACCUGAAAACAUAAAGCUUAAUUCUCAUCAUCAAAGUAACACCAGCCUCCACCCUCAGUCCAAAACCUCGACGCUGCAACUCGCGUAUAAUCAGCUCUUGGUUCUAGCAACGAGACCAGUUCUCCUCUACAUAUUUCGCCGACACAUAGGCAAAGCUAUUACGACGUCUACUGAUAGCCGUCUGCCCGAACAAGUUGGAGAUGUUGCUGAUUCCUGGGUAAAUGGUGAAUUCCACAUAUUCGACUACUCCUACGUACGGUACCUCUUCUCCUCGGCGAUUAUUUUGGCUAUAUCAAGCACGUUGGACCGGGAAUCCUCUCCGAACGAUAAGGAUGAAUUCAAUCUCGCCAUUAGCUUUCUACAACAGCUCGAACAAAACGGAAACCCUGCAGCUAUGGAGUUCUAUGCUCAUAUCGACGAGACCCGAAAAAGUCUGGAGACGCGACUUUCAGUCGAUGACUGUUUGAACACGCUACCUACAUGCGAAGAUGGCGGAUCGCAGCUCCCAACACAGGCUUUUCCCUCUUCCUUGGACGACCAGUCAUUGACCACAGCGAUUAGAUCUACUGUCAGUGGACCUCAUGGGGUAGAUGAAUCACCAUUAACCGUUUCGUUUCUUGAUGAUUGGAUUUAUGAUAAUGCACUUCAACAACUGCGGUGGCAAGAGUAG